AUGACAGACUCAGAAAAGACACUCGUUUCGUCAGAGCCCCCUGUGGCACAUGAAAUUGAAGCGCCCAGUGUGGGGAAGCCUGUCAGCCCCGCGGGGAUUCCACCGCCGGUGCCGUCCUCUUCGGCGAGGAAUGAUACUCAACGCAAGCUGCUGGAAGCUCUCAAGGCAACAGACUACAAUAUUGAACGUCUAGACCGACUCCUUUCCACAGCCUACGGUCAAGAAAGAGUCUUCGCAGCUACCGGAUAUCUCACUCAUGCACUUCAUCAUCUCAUUACUUCUGCGCCAUGGAUCGCUGUACAAACGCGUCUGGGCCUUCUCGCCCGGUUGAACAACCGUACGAAAUCUACACGCAACACCACCGCUCCGUCCUCGUCGCCGCAAUCCCGGCUCCUCGCCCUUUCCUCUCUCAUGUCUGAGACCCGUUAUACCAUCCGGCUCUUGGGUCUAGUUCCCCUCUGGACAUGGGGAUCCGCUACUCUGAAGUCACCACCUUCGGAUCCCAUUAUUCGCAACUUGACCCUCGCCCAGGUGGCUGUGAACAUGGUAUACCAAUUCCUCGAGAACGUGGGCUACCUGGCAUCCAAGGGUGUCAUCUCGAAGAAAUGGAUUGAUCGAUGGGGGGGCAUUAACAAGUGGUAUCUGUGGAGUAUCCGGGCCUGGUUCGGCCAUAUUAUCUUCCAGUUCUUCGUGCUAUGGAGACAGGUUGCCUUGCGGAGGAGGAAGAUUGCAAGUGACCCGGCCAAGGCGCAGACAAAGGAGGGCCAGGAGGAACUGAGGGCAGAGAUUCGUGCCUGGAAGAAGGCUCUGGUGAACAACGUUUGCUGGGCUCCGUUGUGCCUUCACUGGUGUUUCGAAAAUGGCGUUGGCAUCCCCAAUAGUUUGUCGGGUGUGAUCAGUUUCAUGGCUGGCGCUUGGGGAUUCUACGAUCUUUGGGCUGCGACUGCGAAGUCAUGA